UCUCACUCACUUCCUAGUAGCGGUAUUUACGGAAGUGACGCAGCCUAGAUUAGAGACGUUAGCCGCGCUUUAUCCGGGAAAAUUCAAACGGGUCAAAAUGGACUUGCAGAGAGCAUGGAUCAUAAGGGGGAUUGUAAACAGUUGGACCGGCUUUCUUUGAACACAACAAUGUAUCAUCCAUUAGAAGACAAUUUCACUGUUCUUCAGGUCCCUAAACCUGGUGACAUGAUUACUCCAGUCAAAACAAUGCCUAAAACAGGUCACAUUUGGGCAGCCAGUGUAACUGGGUCAGGCAGAAAACUUUCAAACCGAGACAUGGUGCUGAACUCCACAGCUCAGGGUGCUGAAGAACACAGCUCAAAUAUCCCUUGUGAACUCAGCAGCAUCAAUGCUACUGCAGUGGUUGCCCCUGGCAACGCUGACCUGAUGCUGAAAAGGGCCACUGAGACACCAGCAAAGAUUUUUGCAAGAAUGAAGGCAAAAGUUCAAAGGCAAAAUGCUGUGGGGAAUGAGGUAGCCUCAGAGUCUGCAAGAAACCAAGAGAAGUGUAACAGUGUCCCCUCGAGUUCCAAGACUCAGUACUUUCAAAAGAGUAACACCAACCAGGACACACAUUUUUUAGCCAUCUCUCCUCCACAGUCACCGAGAGGAGAUCCACAGGAUGGAGAGAUGGACUUUCCAAAAGAAAACCAUCCCAUCAAUUUUGAGAAAGUGCCUGGCAGGCCAAAUGAAACGUAUGAUACAGAGUCAUUUAUUGAACCACAUGUUUUGCUGGAGAAGAUACCAGAGGAGAUGUUUGUUGGGAUGAAGGCAAAGCGAAAGCAAUUUCCAGAGAUUAAUCUUGUCAACAGAAACAGACAGCCUUAUGUGUUGUUGGAGAGGGUGCUUUCUGGUGGUUGUGCUGUAUUUGGUGAGAUGAGCACUUUGACUGAUUCAGUAGAAAAAGACAACACGGAAGAGCGCUCAAAAGUUGAAGUUUUCAGUAGUCCUGAGUCUGAUACCCUUUGCCAAUCAGAGUGUCAGUCAGAGUGCACAGAAUUGGUCCCAGGACCACUUCAACCCCCUCAUAAUCUGCUAGUGGAUCCUCUCCUGCAGCUCUCUCCCUGUGUUUUGAUCCCACGAAAGCGAGCAUCUGUGUUUCAGUCUAAACGACAAGCUAGACAAAUGGAUGCAGCUUUGGAUGAUGGAACCAAUGUGCGAGGAAUUCAUUUAAAAGACUGGGUUUUGAAACUGCUCAACAGAGACCUUGUGGUUGAUGGUAUUCGCAUAGACACUAAGAUACCCUGGCACAGCAGUUUCAUCACUGAAAGAAUCUCAAGUAAUGUGCUUAAGACGGCAUCCGGCGGAACAUAUAUCCUCAUUGGGAGAAUGGCCAAACAUCCCAAUCCAUCAUUUCCAUCCUGGUUUUUAAAGAAGUUUCUUUUUGGGUUUCCAAAAAUGUGGAAGGAGGACCUGGGUCAGUUUUUGAAUGAUCAUGCUGGAUCCCAGAAAAUUCAUAAAGACAACAACAGUGCGAAACCUCCUAAAGUCAAAAGUCAACACCCUUCUAAAAAGUCAACGUCCAAACAACCCAGGCUUCAGGUCAUUACAACAUCUCCAAUCACUCCCACUGACAGCAUGCUACAGGGCAGUGCAAAAGUGUCACGCAGUGGCCGACUCAUCAAACCUCUUUUAGAAUAUUGGAAAGGAGGGAGGAUUGUUAUGGACUCUAACAUGAAUGUCACCAUUCAUGAAGACUACGCUACCUCAGUGGCAUCCACGCCCAAGAAGCCAGUAACUAUGGCAACAAUACAAAUCACAAAGGAGAAAUCAAUCCUGCCUGAAACUCUGGGAAGAGGGAGGCACAACACAUCUAGCAGUGAAGAUGAAUUGUCUCUACCAAGAAGAAAGAUCAAGCAGAAUUCCAAAUCUCAAAGGAGGGUCCCAUCUCAGAGCAUUUCACCUUCAACAGAGAGCACCACUGCACCAUAUAAAUCUACAAGAGUUUGUAGAGCUUCCCCUGUGGUGGCCUAUCGCUCUAACUCAGGCCAUGCAGCAAAACAGCAAGCUAUUGAACAUAGCCGGCCUCAAAGAACCUCACUCAGGAAACAACAGUCAAGUUCUAGAGAGGAAAACACUGCAUGUUCAGGAUCAGAAAUGACUGAGAAGUACACAAAAGCUGAUACGUUCAAUGCUACAUCUGACCAGCAUGUUCAUUGCCCACCUGUACAUGCAAUGUCCUCUGAGAAUGAUCAGAGGACAAUGUGCAACUGCAAGUCCUCCCAAAAACGAAGUCAGGGUGAACUGCUCUCCAUGCCACAUGUUAACUCAGACAACAGUUCCUUACGACGAAGUUCUCGCAUAUGUUCCAGAGUACAGUAUUCCACAGACACAAACAGCUCUUUUGCAUCUCCAGACCCUUCAAAGAGGCAUACAGGAAGAGGCUCCAUUGACCGUAAACAGCUAACAAAACCUCAUAAAAAUGAGAGGCUUGCCUCUGUACCGCAGAAUUCUGCCAGUCACAAGGAACAAAAUGAACAAGAUUUAGUGAGAGUUUCACGUAGACCAAAAAAGAACACACAGAGAUAUUCAGAUGAUUUUUUGGUCAGAGAUUCUGUUGACUUACCCUCUGAUGAUAAAGAACGAGGACAGCAAGACAAGAAGGCCGUAUUAAAGAAGUCAAAGCAAAAUAAAGAUUCAGGUAAAUCUGAACUCAGAACAAAUGGACACUUGUUUUCCUCAACGGACAUGCAUUAUGAGCAGUCAGAAGAUGAGGAAAGUGUUCAUAAUAAUGUUCCAAAUAACAGAAGAUCAAAGAGAUCUGACAAGGGAAAAGCAAGCACCAGAAGCAAAAAGCUAGAAAAAGUAAACAACAAUGUGAAUGAACAAGAUGCAUUGGAUGGAAAAUGGAUGGAAGAAGAGCUACAAAAACUACAAAAGGCUGUGAACUCAUUACCCAUGCACAAGAGUGGUUACUGGGGAAAUGUUGCCUAUUUUGUUGGCACCCGUUCAGCUGAAGAGUGUCAGGAACAGUAUAAUACCCAUCAGAAGACAAACAGAAGACCCAGAAAAAGACCACAGAAGAAACCAAUUACAACUGAGGAACCAGGAAAGGAAGUUGUUGAAAUAACUGCUAGAGCAGGAACGCUUAAAAGGAGACAGCAGAUGAGGUAUUUCUUGGAUCACAUGCCCAAAGAUGACCAUGACGACGUCUUUGCCAGCUCACCAAUGCACAAUAAACAAAUCAAGUUGCCAGUUAUGUCUGCAAAUGGAGAUGAGGAAGAUUUCUGCCAACUUCAGGACCCCCAGACACCGAGUUCUAGCAUCUUUUCUGCAGUGAAGACCCCUCAGUGUCUGCACAUCAGCCCAGGAAUGCUGGGAUCCAUUAAUAAGAAUAACAUGGACAAGUACAUUUUCCAUCUUCAGAAUAAACGAAAGGGACGGAAACAGGGCAAAAAGGCUGCAUCAAUGGACAAGCUUUCACCAACUCCAGCAGUCAAGAAGACCAUAAAGAGAUGUGUUGUUGAAGAUGAUGACUUUGUUGUCUGGAAUAUGCUCUCAGAAAAGGAAAUUCAAUCAUCGAGAGGUGAUGACAGUGAUGAGGAGGAUGAUUACUUUAUGGAAUACUGCUGAGUUUCACUAUUAUUGUUUAGUACUUGAAACUUACGUCCUUAAUCAGCUAGUUUUCUUAUGAUGAGACUGAUUCAUCAGUACAGUAUUGGUCAUCACUUUUUUUUUUUUUUUUUUUACAAAAUUUUAGCAUCAACCAAGCAUCCAGUUGUUUUUAAGUGCUAACUGGGUUGUGCUGUGUGACAGCCACAUUAUGGCAAAAGCCAGGGCUCCAGAAUUAAUGUCUACUCUCUGGAGUAAGCAAAACAGCUCAAAUUAUGUAUUUAUUUCACAUGUAAAAUGUAUGGUUUUAGAUUGGUUGUUCAGAAAUGCAGAUAUUGGGGGUGGGGGGGUUGGAGUUGGGAGUUCAUAUUCUGAUUGGAUGUUAUGUCAUCAGAUUCAAAUUAAAGGAAAUGAACUUAGUAUAAAGUUUUGAUGCAAAAGAGACCAGAUGUUCCAACUAAUUACUGUGGUGUGAAAGAAACGGAAACUAAAAUGCAACAUUUAAAUUCUUUUAUUUGAUUGUGUUGUAAAUAAAUAUGUAAGCAAAUACAACAUAUGAACAAAUAAAACAGUUAAAACUUAA